UGAAAGUGAUACCUUCGUCCAAAAAAUUAGUGACGGAACCCCAACGUGUAACCGCAUCAUCACAAAUUCUAUAAAUACCCUUUCCCUCCAAAUUUCCCUUUCAUUCAAACAAUUCAAACCGAAAAGAAAUCAUCGAAACCGCGAUCGCGAAGAAGAUGGACGAAUAUUUGCAGUACAUGAAGACUCUACGCUCUCACAUGAACGAUGCGGAGGAUCAGGCCGCAAAAAUUUCUGCAGAAGAGCAAAUGCAAAUGACGAACAUUCACACUUUGGAAAGUGACAUCAAUUCAGCGAAAUCUGAAAUUGCGCAAGUGGUUGGAGAUACGGAGAAGAUGAAUAAGUCUAAGGUUGAGAUAUGCUCGACGAUACUGGAAAACCAGAAAAAGCUUGCUACCUUGGAGUCUGAUUCAUCCAGACUUACGCAGACCAUGGAGCUUAUUUGGCAAGAGAAAGUUGGGUUAUCUGCCAAAUUUUCCGAGAGGAGAGCCUACUAUAGCACAGUUGCAGAGAACAUGGUUGCCAAAUUCGAGAAGCAACAGGAAUGGAUAAGAUCUAAGAAGAUUAGCAGAGAACUGAAAGAGCAUAAAGUUGGGGAUAUAGUUCAUGAACAAAGAAGUGAAUCUGAAGGGAGGACUGGUGCUGAUGAUAACCGUGCCAUAGAUACGCUGGGGAGUGAUGCAAAGAGGAACUUAAUCACUGACUUGGAUUCAGCUAAAGAAAGGCUUGAUGAGAUUCUUGUUAUGAAAUCCAAGAUUCACAUGGACAUCGAUAAGAUAAAACUCGCUAUUGAGGAUGUCAAGUGCAGAGAAAACGAGUUUAAGCCCGAGCUAAAAGCAGCUGAUAUAACUGCUAUUGAAGAGGAGUAUAAUGCUCUUUUGUCAGACAAAGCUGGAGAAACCGAAUACUUGCAAUCUAUGGAGAAACAAGUUGGGAAACUCAAGGAUAUCUGUCAUGAGAUCCAAUGUGCUUGUGGUGAGAAAUACACAGUUGCAUUGAAUACACAGUAGCAGGGUACGAGAACAUGACAACUUCCGUUAGAUGUGAAUUCAGUUCUUCAUAAAUGCUGGUCUUGGUUAAGAUAAUACUGUAUGCCUGUUCAGAAUUGAUACUUUUUUUAGUGAAUGGAUCCUUGGAUUCUGAUUGUAUUUUCCAAUCAGUAAAUAGAUUUGAAGUGAUUUCUAGACCAAUAUUUAGGACAGGGCCGGCCCUAGGGAUAGGCCACCAAGGCUACCGCC